GUAGAAUGGUGUUGUCCACGUGCACUUCCGAGGCGCUGAAGUAGUUGUCGCUGGAACCUCGGCCUGCGUUGGCCGUCGUUUCAUUUCCCCUCAGCACUGUAUUUCCUUGGUCGCGGGGCCCUUUCUCCUCACGGAGAGGGCGCGUGCCCCUCGCUCGACGGCUGCUGGGAUGGGCGAGGCCUUGGGCGCGGGACGGAGGGUUUGUAGGUCAUCAUAAGCCGAGGCUCUUCCUUGGAGUGAGAUGGAAGCCAUUAGAGAGUUUUGAACAGAGGAAUGGGCAUGACCUGACUUGAACAGGACCCCUCUUGUUGCUGCACAGAAAAUGGAUUGCAGGGUGGCAGGGGCAGAAGCAUUGAUUCGACUGAAGAGGCUAUUGCAGAAAUCCAGGCAAGAGAUGAGGCUGUGUGAUAAGAGCAGGGUGGUGUGAAAAGGAUUGAAUUCUGGGUAUAUUCCACAAGUAGAGCCAAUAGGGUUUCCUGACAAACUGGAUGUAGGAUGGGAAAGAGAGAGAGAAGUCAAGAAUGACCCUGCAUAUCUUGGAGAAUGGAACUGACAUUAAUUGAGGUGAGGAAGACUGUAGGAUGAUUUGUUUUAGGAGCAACGUGAGUAGCCCAGUUUAGACAUGUCACGUGUAGAUGCCAAGCAGGCAACUGGAUAUUUGGGUCUAGAGUUAGAGGCAAAGUCAAGGCUGCAGAUAUAAAUUUAGAAGUCAUCAGCAUUUGGAUGGAUUUAAACCCAAAAGACUGAGUGAGAUCACCUACAGAGUGAGUGUCGCUGGAAAAGAGAAGAGUCCACAGACAGAGCCCUGGAGCACUUUAGUAUUUAGAGGUUGGGGAGAGGAGGAGGAAUCAGCAAAAAAGACCGAGAAGGAACUUCUAGAAAGGAAGGAGGAAAAGUAGUCCAGCACGAUGUUCUGAAAGCCCAAGAGAAGAAAGAUUUUCAAGGAUGACAGGUAACUCGACAUUUUUGUAUUAUGCAUAACAUUUCCCCCAUUUGUUUCCCAACUAGUGGUGAUCCCUCCUCUUCAGGAAAAAUGACAAUGUUCAGGAACUUAAAACUUCUUCUCUGGAAGAAUUUCAUUUUGAAGAAACGCAAGACUCUGAUAACAGUCCUUGAAAUCUUGACGCCGUUACUGUUUUCUACAAUUGUAAUGUAUCUUCGUUUCAGUAGUUUGCCAAGAAAAAGACCUCCUACCAACUACCAUGCAAUUGAUGUCAGCUUAUUGCCAGAAUUCUUCUAUCAUUUUCCUCUGAAAAAUAAAUUUCAACUAAUUUAUAUCCCUUCCAAAAGUGAAACUUCAAAGAAUAUCACUGAGAUGGUGGAAAAAACCUUUGAUGUUGAGUUUGAAGUUCUAGGCUAUUCUUCAGUGCCUUCAUUUGAAAGUUACAUAAUUCAGGAUCCCAAAGCUUUCUAUGUAUUGACUGGAAUUGUUUUUGAUCAUAGUUUCAAUGACAGCAAGGAACCCUUGCCACUUGAGGUUAAGUAUCACUUGCGCUUCAGUAGCAUUCAGAGGAAUUAUUUAUUCUCGAGGCUAAUAUACCACCAAGAUGAUGUAGAAGGCUGGAGCACAUCCUUACUUUAUCCUCCUAAUCCAAGCCAAGAACCCCGGAACUUUGCAUAUUCUGAUGGGGGAUCUCCUGGAUACAACAAAGAAGGCUUCCUGGCCAUACAACAUGCUGUGGAUAAAGCCAUCAUGCAGUACCAUGCUCAUAACGAGACAACCAAGAUGUUUGAGAAUCUCCAUGUGCUUGUGAAGAGAUUCCCAUAUGGAGCCCAUGUCCAGGACAACUUCUCCCUGGUCCUUCAGAAUGAGUUCCCUCUUCUCCUCCUGCUCAGCUUCAUCUGCAUCGAGCUCAUCAUCAUCAAUUCCAUUGCUCUGGAGAAAGAGAGAAAACUGAAGGAGUAUAUGUGUAUGAUGGGACUGGACAACUGGCAACACUGGGUUGCUUGGUUCAUCAUGUUCUUCAUUUCUGCCUUCAUUGUUGUUUCUUUCAUGACCAUUCUCUUCUGCACAGAGGUAAACAAUGUGGCAGUGUUCAGGAACAGUGACCCUAGUUUGAUAUUUGUUUUUCUAAUGUGCUUUGCCAUUGCCACAAUUUUCUUUGCAUUCAUGAUCAGCACAUUCUUCCAAAAAGCCCACAUUGCAACUGCAUCAGGAAGCAUCAUCUUCUUCUUCACCUACCUCCCAUACCUGUACCUCACUUUCAGCUACACCCAGAGGAGCCACUUCCAAAAGAUUGCCUUUUGUCUCCUCUCGAAUGUUGCCAUGGCACUGGGAAUCCGAUUAAUCUCCAUAUUUGAGACAAAAGGCACAGGCAUGCAAUGGAGGAACAUGGGCAGUGUAAGUGGAAAGUUUAACUUCACUCAGGUGCUGCUGAUGCUACUGCUGGACUCUUUCUUAUAUGGCUUGUUGGCCUGGUACGUGGAGUCUGUCUUCCCAGGGCAGUAUGGUACACCCAAGCCUUGGUACUUCUUUGUCAUGCCUUCCUACUGGCAUGGACAAUCUAAACCUCUUACACAGUCAGUACCAGACGUGGGGAAUCCUGAGAAGGCUCUGAAAAGCAAGUUCAUUCAGGAAGAACCUACCAAUUUGAUGAAAGGAAUUGAAAUCCAACAUCUAUGCAAGGUGUUUUACACGGGAAGGAAUGAACACAUAGCAGUCAAAGGUCUGACCAUGAAUCUGUACCAGGGGCAGAUCACUGUUCUUCUGGGACACAACGGAGCAGGCAAAACCACCACCUGCUGCAUGCUCACAGGUCUUAUUCCCCCUUCAAGUGGACAGGCAUAUAUCAACAGAUAUGAAAUUUCAAAAGACAUGGUACAAAUCCGGAAGAGCAUGGGCUGGUGCCCCCAACAUGAUAUCCUGUUUGAUAACUUGACAAUAUCAGAACAUCUUUAUUUCUAUGCUCAGCUGAAAGGAUUAUCACACCAAAAGUGCCCUGAAGAAGUCAAAAGGAUGCUGCACAUCCUCAGUCUGGAGGACAAGCAGAACUCCCAAUGCAGGUUCCUGAGCGGGGGCAUGAAGCGCAAGCUCUCCAUCGGCAUUGCCCUCAUAGCGGGCUCGAAGGUGCUGAUGCUGGAUGAGCCCACCUCAGGCAUGGACGCCAUCUCCAGGAGGGCCAUCUGGGACCUUCUUCAGCAGCAGAAAAGUGACCGCACCAUCCUGCUGACCACCCACUUCAUGGACGAGGCCGACCUGCUGGGGGACCGCAUCGCCAUCAUGGCCAAGGGGGAGCUGCAGUGCUGCGGGUCAUCGCUGUUCCUCAAACAGAAAUAUGGUGCAGGAUAUUAUAUGACUUUAGUGAAAAAACCUCAUUCUAACACGGAGAAGAUUUCUCAUCUAAUUUAUCACCACAUACCAAAUGCAGUUUUGCAGUCCAGCACUGGAGAAGAAUUAACAUUUAUACUUCCUAAAGACAGUGUGCACAGGUUUGAAUCUCUAUUUACUGACUUGGAACUGAGGCAGGUAGAGCUGGGUGUCGCCAGCUUUGGGGCCUCUGUCACCACUAUGGAAGAAGUUUUCAUUCGGGUUAGUAAGUUGGUAGAUUCCAGUACAGACAUCCAAGCCAUCAAGCUUUCCUCCAUCCAUUCUCACCCCGUGAUUAGCAGAGUUCCUGUUAACAGAAUUGAACAUCUUCAUUCAAGGAUCUUCUCAGUACGGUCUGGCCUGCCAAUCCAACCAAACACCGGGUUCAGUCUUCUCUGCCAACAGUUCUAUGCCAUGUUCCAGAAAAGGGUUAUAUAUUCUCGACGCAACUGGAUGUUGAUGCUGUCAAUACAGAUCCUGGUGCCUCUGGUGAUCAUUAUGUUCAGCCUCACAACCCUCAACUUCAAAACAAGAGUGGAAAAUGUCCCAUUGGAGCUGACCCUAAAAAUAUAUGGUCAAACUAUUGUUCCAUUUUUUAUUUCUCCAAAUUCCAGGCUGAGCCCUCGCCUUUCAGAACAUUUUACAGAUAUGCUUGUAGCUGAGAAACAGGUUCCUCUGGAGAUCUCGAGUUCAGUAGAGGCAUUCCUACUGAAAAAGGCAGAAGAGGAGCCUGAGGGCUUUGACCAGAACUACAUAGUGGCAGCUUCCUUUGAAGAUGUGGGCAACCAUACUAUAGUGACAGCACUAUUCAACAACCAGGCAUACCACUCCCCUGCCCUGGCGCUGGCACUGGUGGACAAUGUUCUCUUCAAGUUGCUUUCUGGUGCCAAGGCUUCAAUUGUGGUAUUCAACAACCCUCAACCUCAGUCAAUCAUGGAGACCUCAGAGAAUAUCUUGUACCAAGGCCUUAAAGGACAUUAUCUUGUUAUCAACUUGCUUUUUGGAAUAGCUUUCUUGUCUAGUUCUUUUUCCAUCUUGACAGUCAAAGAGAGAUCCAUCAAGGCCAAGCACGUCCAGUUUGUCAGUGGAGUUUAUGUGGCUACUUUCUGGCUCUCUGCUCUGCUGUGGGACCUCAUCUCCUUCCUUGUCCCCACUCUGCUGCUGUUGGUGGUAUUUCUGUGCUACAGAGAAGAAGCUUUUACACACCAGGAAAACGUCCUGGCUGUUGUUCUUAUGCUGAUGCUCUAUGGCUGGGCUAUCAUCCCCUUCAUCUACCUGACCAGCUUCUGCUUUGACAGCGCAGGUGGCGCUUGUGUUAAGCUCAUUAUAACACUCACCUUCUUGAGCACUGGCCCUCUUAUUCUCGUCUCAGUCACAAGUGAAAAAGAUCUAGGCUACACAACGGUCUCAGAGUCCUUGGAUCACACAUUCCUACUGUUUCCAGGCCACUGCCUGGGGAUGGCUUUCUCCAACUUAUAUUACAACUUUGAACUACGGAGGUUUUGCAAUACCAAGAACCUGAACCAGUCUGAGUGCAAUCAAGUUUCAGAAGGAUAUACAGUCCAGAAGAACAUCUACGCCUGGGAGUCUCUGGGGAUAGGGAAGUAUCUGACAGCCCUCGCCAUCUUGGGACCUGUGCACAUUAUCCUACUUUUCCUCGUUGAAACCAAUGUCUUGUGGGAACUGAAAGCCAGGUUUUCUGGCUUCUACAAGAAGCAAAAAUUGAUAGUGUUGCACAGCGAAGUGUUGGUGCCUGCAGACCAAGAUGUGGAAGAGGAGGCGAAAAUGAUUGAGACUUAUUUGGAAACGUUGUGUGAGAAGAACCCACUGGUUCUUAAAGAAGUGUCAAAGGUCUAUGUCAAGAAGGUGCCCCCACUGGCUGUGAACAAGAUAUCCUUCACUGUUCAAGCAGAGGAAUGCUUUGGCCUUCUUGGCGUCAAUGGAGCUGGGAAAACUUCCAUUUUCAAAAUGCUGACCGGGGAAGAGCCCAUCACCUCUGGGAAUGCUUUUGUCAAGGGCCUCUGCCUCAGCUCUAACUUGGGGAAGGUGCGGCAGUGGAUCGGCUACUGCCCCCAGUUUGAUGCCCUGCUGGACCACAUGACGGGCCGGGAGACGCUGGUCAUGUACGCCCGGCUCCGGGGCAUCCCUGAGCGCCACAUCAGUGCCUGUGUGGACCAAACUCUUGAUGACUUACUGAUGUGCACGUACGCUGACAAGCUGGUGAAGACCUACAGCGGUGGCAACAAGCGGAAGCUGAGCACCGGCAUUGCCCUGCUUGGAGAGCCUGCAGUCAUCUUCCUGGACGAGCCAUCCACUGGCAUGGACCCCGUGGCCCGGCGCCUGCUCUGGGGCGCCGUGGCGAGAGCCCGCGAGUCCGGCAAGGCCAUCAUCAUUACCUCCCAUAGCAUGGAGGAAUGUGAGGCCCUGUGCACUCGGCUGGCCAUCAUGGUGCAGGGUCAGUUCAAGUGUCUGGGCAGCCCACAGCACCUCAAGAGCAAAUUUGGCAGCGGCUAUGCCCUGCGGGCCAAGGUCCAGAGCGACGGGCAGCAGGAGGCGCUGGAGGAAUUCAAGGCAUUCGUGGACCUGACCUUCCCAGGCAGUGUCCUGAAAGAUGAGCACCAAGGGAUGGUCCAUUACCACCUGCCCAGUGAUGACCUCAGCUGGGCGAAGGUGUUUGGCACUCUGGAGCAAGCCAAGAGGAAGUACAUGUUGGAUGACUACUCGGUCAACCAGAUCUCUUUAGAGGACAUCUUCUUGAGUUUUACCUGCCCUGUGUCUCCCACCCAAGGGGAAAACAAACAAGGGCAAACAGAGCCAGCAGGCCCCUCGUCACCCCCUCCCCCUCCUUCCCGGCCUCCCUCCCCACUUCCCUCAAAGACUGUCUUGCUGUAA